AUGUCCCAACCCAGGAGGUAUUUUUCAGAAUUGGAGAAGUCAAUCAUCAGAGAAUUAGUUGCUAAGCACAAGGAUAUCCUUGAGAGUAAAAAGAAAAAUUGCAAAAUGAUUAAACAAAAAAAUAGCGCUUGGAAAACGUUAACAGAAAAGUUUAAUUCUCAAGCGGGUGUUUAUAUUAAACAAAUAAAGAAAUGCUUGGAAAAUAUCAAGUCUCGAGCUAAGAAAUCUAUCGCCAAAGAAAAGAGAAAAGUGAAACUAACUGGUGGUGGUAUGGCCUCAUCGGAAAGGGACGAAGGAGCAGAAGCCGUUGUUUCAAUAAUUCCAGAUCAAAUGACUAUAGCCUGGACAAUGCUUUUGACGAUGAUAAUUAUGAAGUUGGUAAGAGAUUUUGUAGUACCGAACGAAUAUACUGUGCAAUGUACUGUACUAUAUCAUGAGGCAAUGAUUAGUAUGGAAGUUGCUGCUAGAGAUUAGAAAAAACAACCUUCUGGAAGAACAGAAGAGGAAGGUGCAGGUCCUUGAUUCGGGAUUUGAAUACUAGAGUUCUACAAAACAAUGCAGAGUUAAUAUACAUGAAGAGCCUCCGAAGCGUAUUACACGAUAAAAGAAGUCGAUCAAUCGCCUUUAGAGGGGUAAAGCAAUGAAACAUGGCAAUCCUAAUCUUUGAUACAAAUAACUAUUAAACAUCAUAUCGAAUACUUUAUGAGGUCUUAUGCAUACAAUUAUAUUGAUAUGUACAGUAUUGAACGAACGUAUUAACAAAAAGAGUAUAUAAUGCAAAAUUCAUGUGAAUUGUUUUAUUAUCAGAGCACGACGUGUCGCGUUUCCCAAGGAUUGUACCUGCAGCUUGUGUAUAGCAGGCGCAGGAUUCUCAUCGGCAUCUUCCAGGGGUUCGUCCUUAAUGGGAUUGGGUGUGGGUCCACCAGUGGCGUCAUCAAAAAUGGUGGACAAGGAUAGCCAUUAUCAACAAGAAGCAUUCCUUGGAUGUGACCAUGCUCGAACUGGGCACACAAACGACUGUUUUGACCAUCGAACAAUUCUAGAUUUGGUGCUGAAACUGCUUGAACAUUGA